AUGAGUAUGCUGCAACAGAUUCUUGAUCAAAUGUUUGUUGAUCCGGAAAUACUGGAAGCGCUUGAUGAAGAACAAAAGCAGAUUUUAUUUAUAAAAAUGCGCGAAGAACAAGUCAAAAGAUGGAAAGCAAUGGAAGAAAAAUAUGAGAGAGAAGGUGAACCAUGUGUAAGAUGGCUUAAAGGAUCUGAUGGAGAAGUUUGGGUUUGGGUGAUGGGUGAACACAAAGAUGAUCUAACUAUUGAAGAAAUCACUGAAAAAAGAGCAUUUGAAGAGGCUCGUCAACUAGCAGAAAAGGAAUUGUUAGAAGGCUUAAAUGACAGUGGAGGUGAAAUGCAGACUAGGAUAAUUUCAGACGAUGAACUUAGCAAGCGCCAAUCUGAAAUUUAUGAGAUAAUAAAAGAAAAACAUCAAAAAAUCGAAAAGGAAGCGGAAAUUGAAGCCGAGCGUGUAAAGAAAGCAUGGGAAGAGCAAGAGCGAAAAGCUAGAGAAGCUGAAGCUCAAAUACGUAGGAUAGCUCAGAAAGCUCGUGAACAACAUCGACAACAAAGCUUAAGAACAUCAACUUCUAUUCUGCCUAUACUUAAAGAAGCCAAUUCGUUUUCGCUUCGUGAAGCAGUCAAAAAUCUUCCGAGACCACCCAAGCCAAAAUCGAGGCAAGCAAUCGUUGACUGGUUUCGAGUUGAAGAAUUAAAAAAAGGGACUGGGUUGGAUCCGAAGACUAAUAAACCUGCACCCUGGUUCCACGGCAUUAUUUCUCGCGAUCAGGCUGAUAAUUUGUUACGUGGUAAACCAUCUGGCUCCUUUCUUGUUCGAGUUUCCGAACGGAUUUGGGGAUAUACCGUUUCAUAUGUUGUAAACGAUGCUAUAACUAAACACUUUUUAGUUGAACGUAUACCUCAAGGAUAUCAGUUCCUUGGAACGAAUCAAGUUGUGCACAAUCAUUUGUACGAUCUAAUAACUUAUCAUGAGACUGCACCGAUAACUGCUAAAGGUAAUGAAAUUUUGAAAUGGGCUGUCGGACAAAUUGAAUCUCCACCUGAUUAUUCCGAACUUAUUGUUCCAAACUCAAUUUCAAGUAAUCAGUCAUACAAAAUGCCUUUGGAUUUAUUUCGGCGUUGA